AUGCCGAUCAUCUGGAUAAGCCUGGUGGCCUUGUGGCCCGGACUUCUGUCAAGCUUCUUGCGAAUGAUUUGGUGCGUCCCGAUCCCGGAGGAUGGCGAGGUGGUGAGCCGCCUCCUUCCCAACCCUUCCGUGGUCUGCUGGUCCGACGACCACAUGGCCUCCGCUGGCCUCGCCAUCCUGGGGUUGGGUAUUUGGUGCCUCGGGAUCCCGAUGACAUUGGCAGCGCGACUGCUUUGCCUCCGCGACAGACAGGCUCCCGAGAACUUCAGGCGAUUUGGCUACUUCUUCCAGGGGCUGGAAGCGCAGUUUUGGUGGUGGGACCUCCUCGUCAAACGUUUGGAUGUGGCGCUGAUGAUGCUGGUCACCUACACGUCGUUCGUGUUGGACCCGAAGGCGAAGCUCAUGCUAUUCCCAGUCCUCUCGGGCUUGCAGGCGGGAGGAGCAUUGAUUACUAUAAGAUAUUGGGGUUAUAUGGGGAUAACAGAAAAUAAAAUGGAAACUGCCAUAAUCGGGUAUCCCUUAGGGUUAUAA